UGACUGCGUCGAGAAAUAUGGCGUGAAGUUGGCACGAAGAUGGUUGUCGUGAGUUACGAAAGAGUAGACGAUUUCUCGCGGGGAAGGCGCUUCCCAGUUCUCCGGAAAAAGUGCCACAUUCCUAUUUUACCCUCCGAUCUAGUUAGCGAAAGAUAGUGCGAUGGUAUACGAUAUCAAAUGGAUAAUACCGAAGCUCCGAAAUACGAGCAGCCUCUGGAACAUCGCGAGUAGCAUAACCUUUGUAGCAGUAGGGAUUUUCUCUAAAAUCAUUAUAGGAAGGGUCAGGUUACCGCCCGACAAAGGGCACAGGAAAUCAGUCAUUGGCCAACGCUGGCCUUUCAAAUGGCUGAACAGAACGACAGUGUACAACAAGCAGAUCAUCAAUCAGGCAUUAGAAAAGCGGCCGAGAAAUGUCCCGCUCAUCACCGUGUCAAAUCAUCACAGUUGCUUCGACGAUCCAGGGAUAUGGGCGACCCUGAACCUGAAGUGUCUGAUGAAUCGACGUAAGAUGAGGUGGUCGCUCGCGGCCCACGACAUUUGUUUCACAAACAUCUGGCACUCGUACUUCUUUAUGCUGGGCAAAUGCAUUCCCGUGAUCAGAGGUGCCGGUGUGUAUCAGGAAGCUAUGGAUUUCUGCAUCGAAAAGUUGGCAGCUGGUGAUUGGGUUCACGUUUUUCCCGAGGGAAAAGUAAACAUGUUUAAAGAGAACAUGAGAUUAAAGUGGGGCGUUGGAAGGUUGAUCUUGGAAUCACCCGUCACGCCGGUGGUGAUUCCAAUAUAUCACCUUGGCAUGGACGAGGUUCUGCCAAAUGAACCGCCGUAUCGAUUAAAAAUCCGCAAAAAGGUCACCAUGAAUUACGGUGAGCCGAUAGAUUUUACCGAGCUAUUAGGAGAACUGCGUGCGUCGAAAGCAAGCGAAGUGGAAGCGAGAAAAGCCAUUACGGAUCGUAUUCAGACCGAACUUAUAAAACUGAAAGCGAUCACAGAAGAGCUUCACAAAAAUUCAUGAUGUUUAAACGGGGAACAUCCUUGUUGUCAUCUAGAGUAGCUUUAAUUUGCCAAAAAAGAUAAAUUUUAAUUCUAAUGCGACAAUAGAUGAUACAUGUUCGGCUUGUAACUAAGGAUGUUCACCUGUGAAUGACGUAUUAGUGACAUAUAUGCAAUUGUGUAAUAUCGGGAUAGUAGUAAUUUAAUUCUUCUUUUUUCCUUCUUUCUUUACUUUUCCUCGUGGCGAGGAAGAGAAGGAAAAAGGAAACGUUAUAUCUAUCGGGGAAUUUUAAUUUAAAUGUAAGUCGCGUUGACUUAGGUAUGCCAUAUAUUCGCGUUUCGCGUACACAUCGCCGCAUGCAAAAUAAUGUAUAUACGUAUACGUAG